CAGGAAAGGGGUGUGUGCGUUGGUGUGCGUACGUUUCGUCAUUAUUAUUGCGCAGGGUUUUCUGUGGAAAUGAUUUUGGUGAAAAUGCAUGAUCCUUCAUUCUGGGUUUUCUAUUCUAAGAAAAUAGUUCCCUGGGAAUCGCUGUUUUGCGCAUGUAAAGGCACUGUGUGAAGCAGGUGAAAUAGACCUAGGCUCGCUGCUUAUUAUCGACACACGGAUGUAAAGUUGAACAGGAUAUGAUCUACAGUUUCAAGAACUUGUCAAGGCAACAGCGAGAGACGAGUUAAUUUGUGUGUUUAUCGUGACUGCAGUCCCACAAGUUGUAGAAAUUUACAAGACUCACAGAGUCACAGUCGCAAAUACUUGACAACUUGAAAGAUUUUUCAUACCAGGAUCUAAACAAGCAAAAUGGCGUCUCCGGGAUCAGAUGACAGUAUCGACUUAUUUCUCAUCGGGAAAACUGGCCAUGGAAAGAGCUCUUCUGGAAACUCUAUCUUGGGCCGAGAAGCGUUUCAUGUUUCAGACAACACAGAAUCGGACACCUAUGAUGUUCAGGUUGGCUGGGCCCGCCGAGACGGAAGGAAGGUCAAGGUAGUUGAUGGUCCAGGGAUUGGUGAUACUCGUAUGCAGAGGGGAGAUGCAGUACAGAAAAUGGUUCAAGACAUGGGGCAAGGAAUAGUUCAGUGCCCUCGGGGUUUUCAUGCCCUGCUUCUUGUUUUGAAAUAUGGGAACCGUUUUACAGAAGAAGAAUUUGGUACAAUAGAGUUUCUCAAGUCUCUGUUUGGGCCAGCUUUUGUCAAAGACUUUUGCAUCCUGGUGUUUACCCAUGGAGAGCUCUUUGACAUAAACAACAAAAAACGGAACCCGCCCAUCUCUUUUGAAGACUGGCGACGCGAGCAAAAAGGAGCUAUAAAUGACUUGUUUAAUGAAUGUGACAACAGGGCUGUGCUUUUUUAUAACUCGGAUGAAGAAAAAAUGGAGGACCAACUAAAAAUCUUGUUGGGAAUAGUGGACGGUUUAAAGAGCAGGGGUAAGCGCUACACAAACGAAGCUUUUGAUAAAGCUGCAAAGGGCAGAGAGGAACUUAUCGUUAGGGAGAAUGCCCCAAAGUUAAGAGAAGAGAUUCAGGCCAAAAUUGAUAUCCUGGUGGACGGUUUGAACAGUCUGAGGCAAUGCUCUGAACUGGACCCAGUAACCAAAGAGAGGUUUGACCAGCUUAAAAAAGACGCCAGAGAACUGGAGGUGGAGAUUGCUGAACAGGACAAAGGCACGGGAGUCUUACAACAACUUAAUCAAGUCGUGAAAAGCAUCAUAACAAACAUUAACAGUCAUAUGGAAGUCAUGAAAGCAAAGCUGGAUAAAAGCGAAAAAGAAAGAAAAAUGCGUCUGGUGCAGGAACAGUAUACCAUGAAUUUGAGGCACCUUGAAAAUGAACAGAGAGAGCGAAAGCAGGGCUGGGGCGCAUUUUUUAUAGACAUAUUCAAAUCUAUUGCAUCUGCUUUUGUGGCACCAGCAGUAACCUUUGCGGCGAAGAAAAUUUUACAAUGGUUUCGCAAGUAACUUUCAAGUAGAUUUAUCUUUUAAAUUGUGCUGAGAAGCAGCGUAGAACAGCUUUCAGAAAGAAAAAAAAAGAGUAUACUACAAACACAUCAUUUACGUUUUAUUCUUUUUCUAAAAUGUUAUAUUAUUUUUUCGUGUAAUGAAAACUAUAAUAAAUCUAUGUGUUUGAGUUUCAAAUGAUAUUAUUUGUGCACAUGAAUGCCACUCUGUAAUCGGGAACGGAUGCCUUCAGUCUGUUUUGCUCUCUAAUUUUUCAGUGUUCAUCAUGACAGAAACCAGUUCUUUGCUCUUGUUCUGUCAACAUCCAGUCAUUUUAUUAUUGGUUUAGGGCUCUUUGCACUUUGUAAAAGUAAAAAUAAAGUGCGAAUUAAA